UCUAGUGACUUUACCCUGACUUCCGGGCUGGUGCUCCAGGCGGCUGAAAAUAGCGUUCCCUUUCUCACAAGAGACGAGUUUGAACCCCCUGGCACUACCCAGCACAACCAUUAAGAAAUUCUUUUCUGUCACGUCUUCGGCAUGUCGACUCACAAGAAAAAAACUAGGAAGCUGCGUGGACACGUGAGCCACGGUCAUGGUCGUAUCGGGAAGCACAGAAAGCAUCCCGGUGGUCGCGGUAAUGCUGGUGGUAUGCACCAUCACCGGAUAAACUUCGAUAAAUAUCAUCCUGGUUACUUUGGGAAGUUGGGAAUGAGGAAUUACCAUUUAAGACGUAAUACUAAAUGGUGUCCUACAUUAAAUUUGGACAAGUUAUGGACUUUGGUCUCAGAACAGACCAGAUUAAAAUAUAAGGACGUGGAAGGCAAAGCACCAGUCAUCGAUCUUGUAAAAGCAGGAUAUUAUAAACUUCUGGGAAAAGGCCGUUUACCAAAACAACCUGUUAUUGUCAAAGCUAAAUUUUUCAGCAAAUUAGCAGAAGAUAAAAUUAAGGCAGUCGGUGGCGCAUGUAUUCUAUGUGCGUAAAUACUGGAAUACCAACAUUUGGGAGUACAUAUGGAAUCGCGAAGAUGAAAGAUGUUUAAAAAAAAAAAAUAAAUAUUUUUUUUCAACAUA